AUGGAGAAGGUGCGGCGGAGGGUGCUGAGCCGGGGAGUCGAGUGCGCUUUGGAGAGAGAGAGAGAGAGGCGGCGCGCGGAGUGGCAGGAGGGGCCGGAGGGGCUCCACCCUGCUGGCGCCCGGGGUGGCGGCGGAGAUUGGCUGGGGCGCGCGGAGGAGCCCCCCAGGUGGGAGGUGCCAGGCCCCCACGGUGAGCCCGCGAGGCGAGGCGCGCCCGGCCGCCCGGACUCGGGCUUCGGAACGGCGGCUGCACGUCGGGGCGUCGCAGCCAUGCGGGGGGCGGCUGCGCCGGCGCUGCUGCAGCUGUUGCUGCAGCUGCUGCUGCUGCUUUUCCGGGCGCACGGGCAGGACUACGACUACUACGGCUGGCAGGCAGAACCGCUGCACGGCCGCGCCUACUCCAAGCCGCCGCAGUGCCUCGACAUCCCCGCCGACCUGCCGCUGUGCCACACGGUGGGCUAUAAGCGCAUGCGGCUGCCCAACCUGCUGGAGCACGAGAGCCUGGCCGAGGUGAAGCAGCAGGCCAGCAGCUGGCUGCCGCUGCUGGCCAAGCGCUGCCACUCGGACACGCAGGUCUUCCUCUGCUCGCUCUUCGCGCCCGUCUGCCUGGACCGGCCCAUCUACCCGUGCCGCUCGCUCUGCGAGGCCGUGCGCGCCGGCUGCGCGCCGCUCAUGGAGGCCUAUGGCUUCCCCUGGCCCGAGAUGCUGCACUGCCACAAGUUCCCCCUGGACAACGACCUCUGCAUCGCCGUGCAGUUCGGACACCUGCCCGCCACCGCGCCUCCAGUGAGCCGGACCUGUGCCCAGUGUGAGAUAGAGCACAGCGCCGAUGGCCUCAUGGAGCAGAUGUGUUCCAGUGACUUUGUGAUCAAAAUGCGCAUCAAGGAGAUCAAGAUAGAGAACGGAGACCGGAAGCUGAUCGGAUCCCAGAAAAAGAAGAAGCUGCUCAAGCCGGGCCCCCUGAAGCGGAAGGACACCAAGAGGAUGGUGCUGUAUAUGAAAAGUGGGGCAAGCUGCCCCUGCCCGCAGCUGGACAGCCUGGCGGGCAGCUUUCUGGUCCUGGGCCGCAAGGUAGAUGGGCAGCUGCUGCUCAUGGCCAUCUACCGCUGGGACAAGAAGAAUAAGGAGAUGAAGUUCGCAGUCAAGUUUAUGUUCUCCUACCCCUGCUCCCUCUAUUACCCUUUCUUCUAUGGGGCCGCUGAGCCCCACUAG